CUGAAUCGGCGUCCGUUCUAAGCGAUAAUUUCACUUAGUUCUCUUAAGUUUCUAAGUUCUCAAGUUUCUAAGCGAUAAAAUACAACUUCGCAGUUUAUCAGUAAAGUGGAGAAGUGUUGGCUGCACGAUGGAGAUGCAGCGUUUCGAAGACGACACAAUGGAAGGAGAUUUCUUCGACGAAGAUGGGUUUAAACUGCAUUUCGAAAAGGACAUCACGCCUGCUGAAAAGCGGUUCUAUAUGCGAGCCUUUCCGAACGUCAGUGACAUUGCCGAGGGAAAGAUCCACUGCACAGCAUGCGGCAAACACAUCGGAACGGCGCCGAUUGCCGAAGCCAUCAUCCGCAGACAUCCCAUCAUGAAGGUUGUCCUCUGCCUCACGUGCUACGAUUUCUACAACAGUGGCGAGUUCGAUAAGGGAGAGGAUGGCAGCGAGCUUUUCUGCCGCUGGUGCGGCCAGGGAGGAGAAGUGUUCUGUUGCUCGAAAUGUCCUUUUGUGUUCUGCGACAAAUGCAUCGAGCGGAACCUGUCCAAUCUGUGCGUGGAAGAUAUAGAGGGUAACGACCACUGGAUUUGCUUCGUUUGUGCCCCGAGUAUCACAUGGCAUGUGUGCGCCAAAUACUGGGCCGUAACGAAUUACAUCGCCAAGCAGAUAAACAUAAUCAAAAGCAAGAAGUUGACAGACGCCCGCGUACAGAAAAUAAUGCAGACGGACCACUCAAAGUGCUGCUCGAAGACCUAAGGCGGACAAGGCACAAAAUGAAGAGUCUGUCCUGCAUGUGAAAGAAAAGCGAAUAAAAC